AUGGUCGCUCAAAGAGACGUCUACAUUGCCGCUGUUGCUCGUACUCCCCUGGGAGGAUUCAAUGGUUCUCUGGCUUCAUUCUCUGCUACUAAACUGGGAAGUAUUGCCGUCGAAGCUGCAUUAAAAAAGGCCAACAUUGAGCCUGGCCUCGUCGAAGAGAUUUUUUUCGGAAAUGUCCUCUCAGCUAAUUUAGGUCAAAACCCCGCACGUCAAGUAGCCUUGGGAGCCAAACUUGGCGUUCAUGUCAUUGCAACAACCGUAAACAAAGUCUGCGCCUCUAGCAUGAAAGCUAUAAUCCUUGGUGCUCAAGCAAUCAUGACUGGCAAUGCUGACAUUGUUGUAGCUGGUGGGACCGAGUCCAUGAGUAAUACACCAUACUACGUCCCCAAAGCACGGUUUGGGUCUAGGUAUGGCGAUCAGACCCUUGUCGAUGGUAUUGUUAAAGAUGGGUUGACCGAUGCAAUGCAUAAAAAUAUCAUGGGAAUUGCUGCUGAGAAAUGUGCAGAAAAACACGAAUUUACUCGCCAGCAGCAGGAUGAUUAUGCAAUCUCAUCAUAUCAACGAGCUCGGGCAGCCUUUGAGGCAAACUACUUUGCAGAUGAAAUUGUACCUAUAACUGCCUCUGGGGGUAGAGGGAAGCCCGAUAAAGUUAUUACGCAGGAUGACGAGAUUAACAAUCUUAAUAUCGACAAACUACGAUCAGUGCGUCCGGCCUUUGUUGACAACGGUACAGUAACAGCACCCAAUUCAUCUCCUUUGAGUGAUGGAGCAGCAGCAGUUGUUCUUAUUAGUGGAGAUAAGGCGCGUGAACUAGGCAUCAAUGUUGUUGCCAAAAUAUUGGGUUGGGGUGAGGCUGCUCAGCAACCUUUGGACUUUACAACAGCACCUUCGAAGGCAAUCCCGAAAGCUUUGAAACAUGCCAACGUUCCAGAGUCAUCAGUUGAUUAUUAUGAGAUCAAUGAGGCCUUUUCUGUGGUAGCUCUUGCUAAUUUGAAGCUUCUCGGAUUAGAUGAGGAGAAAGUCAAUGUAUUUGGAGGAGCAGUGGCUAUGGGCCAUCCACUAGGAUGCUCUGGUGCAAGGAUUGUCUGUACUUUGCUCUCUGUGCUUCAGCACAAAGCCGGAAAGAUUGGUGUAGCUGGAAUUUGUAAUGGAGGAGGAGGAGCAAGUGCCAUCGUUAUUUCAGCAGGGAAUCAGUAG